GCCCGAGAUGGCUUGAAGAUGGCCGAAGAGGGCCCCAAGAGGGCCUUCAAGAGGUCCGUGGCCAUUUUGGCUCAAGUUCGGCUCAAGCUGGCUGCUGGCGCGCACCGUUCACGCUCGUGUUGGUAGUUGGGCACGACGCCCCAGCACGCGCCAUCAUCUGCGCAAAGGAAGCCCCUGCCUUGCCCACCGCGGCCACGGCUGGCCCCGCCCUCCCGGGCAGCACCGUCGUCGGCGAGGCAGAGGAGCCCGUUUGCGCCGCGGGGGCGCGCGGCACAGGCGCGGGGAGGCCAGCGGCCAGAGCCGCAGCCCGGCACGCAGGGGCCGGGUCGGGCGGACGCCGCCAUGCCCCUCAGGUACGAGGCCCUGCACGUGGUCGGCUCGGGGGUCUUCGGGACGGUCUUCCUGGCGAGGGACCGCGAGACCAACGACCGGGUGGCGCUCAAGCGAUUGAACGUCAAGGCUGGCCAGAACGGUGUGCCCGCGAACGUCAUCCGCGAGGUGUCGCUGCUGCGCGAUUGCGUCCACCCGAACAUCGUUAAGCUCAAGGACUUGCAAAUCGUCGGCCUGGACGGGUUCGAGCUGAUCUUCGAGUACAUCCCUGACGACCUGCACCGGGUUCUGAGGUGCUACUGGAGGAAGGGCACCCAGCUGCCCAUGGAGAAGGUCGUGCUGUACUGGCAAGAUCUCCUCAACGGAAUCCACGCGUGCCACACACAGAUGGUGAUUCAUCGUGACCUCAAGCCGCAGAAUGUCCUCGUCCAUCCCAUUGACGGCCUCAAAAUUUGCGACUUCGGCCUGGCCCGCAUGUCCUCGCGCAGGGUCGAGAGCUACACCCGGGAUGUCGUCACCCUGUGGUAUCGCGGCCCAGAGAUUUUGCUGGGGCAUCCCAGCUACGACUUGCCGGUGGACAUCUGGUCUGCGGGAUGUCUCCUUGCCGAGAUCGCCACUGGCUGCCCGAUAUUCCCUGGGGAUUCCGAGAUUGGCACAAUCGUCCAGAUCAUGCAGCUGCUGGGCACCCCCACCGAGGCGACCUGGCCAGGCUUCGAGCAGUGCCUGUCGCUCUGGAAGCCCAGCUAUCCGAGCUGGCCGCCCACGGGCCUCAAGACGAUAAACGACCAGCGCCCAGAGCUCGGCGAUGCUGGGAUGGACUUGGUCCAAACUUUGUUGGUCAUGAACCCCGCGGCCCGGCCGACCUCUCGAAAGGCCAAGGCCCACGCCUUCCUCUCGCGGCCCGGCCCCGCGCCGCCGAGAGGCUUCCCGCCCCUCUGAGGGGCACUGUGUCUGCCCACAGGCUUUGCAGCCGACGGGGCGCUCGAACCGCUCAGGGUCUUCGAACAUGAAGGCCGUGCAGCGGCAUGGCCCCUGCAUGCAUAUACUAUGUAGUAACGUUGGUGCGUGGCCCACACGCCCGCGCACUGGUUUGGGAACCAGUCGCGGCGUUUCCGCCGUCUCCCCCUUUCCUGCUCCGCCCGGGCAUGGUCUAUCCUGGAGACUUUUCCCUUUCCGGCCAGUCAUGCCAUGCCCACUGUCCAGUGCCCUCGUCUCCCUCUCUUUUUCAAUUGUCCCUCCCCCCCUCUCCUCCCCCCGUCUCCUGCCCCUUUCCGAAGUGACAGCAGCAUGGUGACUUUGCCCUUGUUCAAACAAAGCGCGAAGCGAUCGCCUCGGCGCGACCGCUAUCCUGCAGAAGCCCAGCAUGAGGCCUGGGCCCGUUGAUGUCUGCCCCAAUUUGUUGGCGGUGGUGCUCGUCAAUGCACCUGGGCAUGCUGGCGAUACCCUUUUUUACUUUUUAUGUUUAAUCUUCCUAUGAGUGUAUGUCAUCAUCUGGCAUGUCGCGCUGAACCUUUGAUUUGAGCGACUGAGUGGAAGAGUCGGGGAUGGAAGAAACAAAAGAGGGCCUUCAAGAUGC